UUGGAGAGAAAAUACCUUCAGGAGCUCCCGUUGUAAAGAAUUUCCCGCGCAUUCCGCCGCAAACCACCACAACAAACAGACGACGCACCGACAACGGCAGACGACCUCAGCCUCACCGCUCCUCCUCUUCCUCCUCCUCCUCCUUCUCCUCCUUCAGGAGGGAACACGACCUCGGCAGGGAUGGAAGACGACCUGGAAUACUUCAUUACCUUUCCGACGCCCAUGCCCAAGGAAAUACAGAGACGCAAUGCCAGUGGGAAGGAUGAUGAGGACGAAGACUUUGUGUUUGUCAACGGCGCCAACGGAGACAAGGAGCCCGUGGUGUUCCUGCUGGGCUGGCUUGGGGCGCAGGACCAACACCUGGCCAAGUACUGCACCAUAUACAACCAGCGAGGAUGCAUCACCAUUCGCUACACGUCGCCGUCAUCCUACGUGUUCUUCAGGCCGGCCGUCAAGCUCAUGCCCAUCGCCCGCAAGCUGCUGUCUCUGCUGCGGGACAUGAGCCUGGACGACCACCCUGUCUUCUUCCAUAUGUUCAGCAAUAAUGGUUCAGUGCUGUACUACUACCUGACGCAGGCCAUGGCAGAGCCUGCCGCCCCUCGCAUCACUGUCAAGGGAUGCAUCUUUGACAGCACUCCCGCACCAAGAAGGAUUUUCUCAGGAGUGCGUGCCAUGUAUGAGGUGACUCCUGGCUCAGUGUGGAUGAAGCUGUGUGUCUCCCUGGGCAUGAUGUUGUACCUGCUGGGUUGGAAGGUGCUCUCCAUCUCCUGGACCAUUAUUUCUGGCAAGCUGCCCAUCAACCCUCCCUGGACACUGGUAGAGGACUCCUCUCGCUGCCCACAACUGUUCCUGUACUCCAGAGCUGACAAACUCAUCAGCUUCCAGGAUGUGGAGCUGUUCAUGAGUGAGCGGCAGAGGGUUGGCGUGCCCGUGGUGGCCAAGUGCUGGCCUGACUCACCCCACGUCCAGCACUACAGAGUGUAUCCUGAGGAGUACAGGGAGGUGGUGUACUCCUUCCUUACUCAGUGUCUCAGUCAGGAGGGUGUGAUCAUCAGCCAGCCUCAGCUUGCUGCUGUUGCUGCCGCUGCCGCCUCCGCGACCUUUGAGGGUGAGACCAAGACCAAGAGUGAUUAAAAUACAAACACGUCAUAAAGUCGUUCAUUCAUGCCGGUGUGGAAGUUGGUUUUGCGUAUUUUUUUAUUUAUUUUUUUUAUUAUUUAUUCUAUUUUUGUGAUGAACAAUUACAGGCGCUCCCCGAUUAACGAACAUUUGAAUUACGAACAUCCAUAGACAUGAAUUGCCCUUCAUGCUGAAUGUGAGGACAAAAAACACACUCAAACAGUGCUAGGCCGUGUGGUGUGACUGUGAUAUUACUUACUGUGGGGCUCCUGUGAUGCAAGUGAUUUUUGGUGUGGCUGGGAGUGACAUGGAUUGUUGAGUGACUGAGUGUGGUAUGGGCUGUUGUGUGGCUUGUAUGGUGUGGCAUGCUGUGGCUUUGUGUCUGUGGUGUGGCUGGGUGCUCUGUGUGGUGUGGUGUGGUUGAGUGUUGUGUGUAGCAUGGUGUGGAGAGUGAGAUGUGGGUUGUGAUGUAGCUAGAUGUGAUGUUGGGUGUGGUGUGGCUGAAGGUGAAAUAGCUUGUUGUGUGGCCAGUUGUGAUGUGUGCUGUGAUGUAACUGUGUAGCUGAAACUGGCUCAGGAGUAAUCCAGAGUCACUUGUGACAGCAAGAUGCAUCAUGCUGUUUACACAUCACAUAAUGUGAUGACAAAACACAUACUCACACAGUGUUAGGCUAUGUGGCUAGCCUAGAUAAGCAUUUUUCUGUAUUUUUGAUAGCCUGAGUUCCAUGAUCUACUUAAGCGCGAUGGAAGGAACCAAGCACAAAACUAAAGAAGGUUCUGUACACCCUAAGUACUAUUUUACAAAUUGACGACUUACAAAUGGCCAUCUGGAAUCUAACUUGUUCGUAACUCAGGGAGUGCCUGUACGACCAUCUGUUUUUUAUCUCAGUCAUUUUCUAUCAAGCAACAGGGAACUAAAGAGAUAUAUCAUGUAUCUGUUAUAGGUUUCCAGGGAUGAUUUAUGAUAUGUUGUGUUACUUGAGGAUCAAAAACUUAUUGCCAAGCCUUACAAACCUUCAGUGUGUGUUGAGGACACUGUGAAUAUUGGCAGUAACUUGAUAAGCAUUUAACUAAAGAUUCCAUUUUUUUGUCUGAGAGAGAGAGAGAGAGAGAGAGAGAGAGAGAGAGAGAGAGAGAGAGAGAGAGAGAGAGAGAGAGAGAGAGAGAGAGAGAGAGAGAGAGAGAGAGAGAGAGAGAGAGAGAGAAGGAAAGUAAAUCAAAGAAUGGUCUACUUUCAGGAAGUGUUCCCAUUAUCAGAGGUGAUGUGAAGUAAGGUUACAUUAUUGCUUCAUUGUGAUGUAGGAAGAGUAAACCUCAUAGAUGGUUUGUGUACUAGUGAGUAGAUUCUAAAGUAGGUAUAGACAUUUAUGUAAGCAGUUUUUCUCUUUGGUUAUAUUACUGCACAAUGAAGAAAGGUUAGUGAGUCGAGUCUGUUUUGUUAUGCCCAGGAGGUAAGAAAGUUUUCCAUAUCAAGUACUCAUGCAUUAUUAUUCUUUGAAUGUUUUGAUGCAAGGAAACAUGGAUAUACAGUUCAGAUAUUGGAUGACUUGUCUCUCAUAUAAAGCUUUGAUUCCAUGCAGUUGGUAAAUCUGACCCUGCUUAUCUCUCACCAUCAUUACUUUGUGAACCUUAUGAUGCAAGGACACAUUGAUAUGGAGUUCAGAUAUUGGAUAACUUGUCAGUUUCUCAUGCUUAAAAGUUUGAACCCAUGUAGUUGGUAAAUCUAAUCCUGCUUAUCUGCCCCUGCUGGAUGUAUAAUUUUAGUGGCUACAGCGGAAGAGCUAUCACUAUACUUCAUCCCUGCACACUCCAGCCUUCUCCCUCCUAAACUCUUAGGGAAAAGUCUGAAACAGGAGUCUUUUCAUGUACCUAUCAGUGUAUUUCAUCCUGCAAAUUCCAGUCUUUUCUCCAGUUAAGGGAAAGGCAAUGACUAAAUACUUCAUACAUAUGAGAAAAUAAGGGAAGCUGCAAGAAGCCAUCAGGCCUACACGUGGCAGUCGCUGUGACCCAUCCAUCCAUACUCUUCAUUCUUACACACUCCAGGUCUCUCUCUCUUUAACCCUCAUCCUCCCAUUCAUCUCAUUAAUUCCCAUCCUCUCCAAUGGUCAAACCAACUCAGGGUGCUGCAUUUAACCACAUCCACUCCACCAGUCCAUGCUUCAGUGCUUCACCUUUACAUGACUGCCUAAACUUCUGUGUAUUCUUCCAUUACUAAGCCAUUAAAAUCACAUGUCUUGUCUCUGUCCAGAUCUUACAACCUCAGACUUCCACCCCAGGGUAAAAAUGCUUUAAAUGAUGUAUUUUUCGAAAGCCAUACUGCAAAAUGUUUUAUGUAUUCUGUUAUACUAUGAGCCAUCCGUCGUUCUGUUAAAUCAUUAAAGUCACACACAACUUUUCCCUUCUGUCUGAAUCCUACACCUCAGCCCUCCAUUCUUGGGCAAAAAUGCAUUGAAUAUUGAAGUAUAUUUCAAAAGCCUUACUGGAAAAUGUUACUUAUGGGCAGGAGUAUCAAACAUAAGCAGGGCACUUAAUUUUGUUUUACUAUUUGAGGACUCAAGGACAACAUAUGCAAGAGUCUCUACUUUGUUUUUCCUCAGUUCCUCAUCCUAUCUUAAGUCUCUCCUCAGUUCCUCUUCCUGUUUUAAGUCUUUCCUCAGUCCCUCCUUCUCCCCAGUGCAAUAUUGGUGCUUCUUGGAGAAAUAUGAUCAAGUUAUGUACAUGACUUUUACCAGUGUUGCUAUUUAAGGCUCCUGUUUUUACUACUAUAGGGUUGUGCUGGUAAGUGCAUUGCCCCUGGUCCAUAUAAUACAGCAUGAAAAGAAGCAUUAUAUUAACAUAUUCCUUAAGUCUUGUAUUAUGAUUUAAUUGAAUGUAUGCCUGGAGAGAGAAAGGUUAACAGCCCUUUUUGAGAAUUUCUGUUCAUCUUCAUUCAAUAUUUUAUCUUUAGUGAUAAAAUACUGAAUAUUUAUAGAUCUCUGUAUUUUAUUUUACUUUUUGCUUCCUCUGCUUCAUGUUUUUUUUUCAGAUCUCACUUUUCUAUUUAAUUUUAUGCUUUGUCUGCUUCAUUAUUUUUAGAUCUUGCCAUUUUAUUUUAUUUUCUGCUUCCUGUGCUUCAUUAUUUUCAGAGUUCACAUUUUUUUAUUUAAUUUUCUGCUUUGCCUCAUUAUUUUCAGUGCUCACUUCUCUGCUUUAUUUAUCAUUUCCCUGCUUCAUUAUGGUAUCCGAAGCAGCCUACAGAGAAAAAGCAGGUGGCACCCAGUGUUAGAAUUAAUUAAGCUGCUGUUUCACCCUCAUCACUCAGUAAAUAGGGCACUGCAGUAACAUGUGGGAAAUGCAAGUAGUGACCUGAGUGACAUAGCAAUUCUGUGUUCCUGGAUAGUGUGUGUGAAUAAUGUCAGAGGCACAAAGGCCAAGGCAGAGAGGAGCACUGUAGGAGCCUUGUAAUGUGUCUUGAGCCUGAUGCAUACUUGAGCUUCACUCUCAUCCUGCUCACACUCCACUCUUGCUCUGCUUGUCCAGUGUCACAGUACAGCUAAGGCUGACCAAACCCACUUCAGACCUUUGUGGUUAAUGUAAAGGAGAAUAAUGAGACCUCAGAACUUGAAACGUUACCAUCUGUCAUUAGCCUCCAUAGAUUUAUCCAGCCUCUUCAUAAAACUAACAUGAUAUAUAAGAACCUAAGAAAAUCAGGGAAGCUGCAAGAAGCCUACAUUCUCACUAAGUUUGUUCCCAGUUGGUGAUGUAUGAAGCUUGCCUUUACCUUGAGUGUCAUGCCCCACUUUGGAACAUCACAAAAACACAAACUGAUUGAUGAGAUAGAUAACAAGAGGUCAUUGCUGGGGACUGAACCACUGACAGGACACCCAAUGUAAAGGCAAGUCUGAUAUUACCAGUAAGACCAUGAGAAAUCACCAAGACUUGAGUAAACUUUGGUUAGCCUUGCCUGUCCCUUCAUUACAUAUCUGAAGGGAAGUAUGCACACUACAACUUGCCAUACACUCAUUGGCAAGCAUUUUCUGACUGAAGUGAAUGUGGGAAUAGAACAAAAGAGUGACUGUGUGCACUACCAACUGCUUCACUCUACAUACUCUUGUCCUGUAAGAGGAAGUUUAAGUGGAAGCAUUGUUUUUUAUUGGAGUUAGUAUGCAAACUGAAAAAGAAUGAGUGUGUAUUACCAACACUCACACUCUUGCUGAGGUGGAAGUCGGAUGCAAUUAACGUUUCUUGAAUAGAUCGGCAGCAAACUAAGAGAUGAAAGUGAGCAAUACCUGUCUUUUUAAUGGAGCACGGGUGGUGUGAAUGUUGCAUCAGGUCUUAGUCAUCUCAUUGUGUUGUGCUUCACUCUUAGACUAGCAGUUCACGUAGAGUCACUACCUGUGUUUGCUGAUUAGGAAGUGUUACUAUUGCUGCCGUGUGUGUGUGUGUGUGUGUGUGUGUGUGUGUGUGUGUGUGUGUGUGUGUGUGUGUGUGUGUGUGUGUGUGUGUGUGUGUGUGUGUGUGUGUGUCUCCGUCCGUUACUUUGUGGGUAAGUUGUGCAUAGGUCUGUGUUGAUCCAAGCCACAUGUCUUUCUUUGUAUUGUUGUAUGUGUGUGUUUUGCAUCAACUUCUGGUAAUGCUUUUUUUUAUUGAUUUUAUUUUAUAAUUUUUAAAGGUGAUAUUUGAAUACCUGCCCAAACCUGUGUCUGUAUAAACUGGAUGUUUUUUUAAGCACUGAAUAGUACUAUAUUUUUUAGCUUAGCUGAAAUCUGGUGUUUAUUGUGAAUGGUUUAUGGUCAUUUUCUUACUAGUUAACAACACUUACAUAUACAGUGUAUGUAUAUAUGAGAUUAAUUCGUACAAUUUUAUUGAGUUGUACAUGAAAAAAAAAUGUAUAAUACCUUGGGGUAAAAUGAAUUAUUUUAAUGGUUUUAUUUUCAACUGCAAACUGUAAAAAAAUACAUGGUUAUAGUUAUUAAAUAAAGGUAAAAAGAACUUGA